CCCCGCUCCCCAUCUCCGUGAUCAUGGCCCGUAGUAGACCCAACGCCCGGUCCAGGCAAGGCUGCUGGACCUGUCGGGCGAAGAAGGUCAAAUGCGACGAGGAACGACCGCAAUGCCAGCGAUGCCAACGCUUGGGCCGGCAGUGCGACUAUGCCCCUCGAUCCCGCAAGCCCUAUACGAAGAAAAGCCGACCCGAUUCCCCACUGCAGACGCAUCAAGGGAACCUGGCGAGUAGCCCGGUCGUCCCUAGUGAAUCUUUAUCGCACGGAGAUGUCUUCACCUCCCCGUCUGCAAUCACUCCAUACACACCUGUUCCCAGCAGUUUCCGCCCCUCGUCCGCUGAUAAGGAAGCAAUCCACUACUUCCGCACCGUUAUCUCCGAAUCGGUCGACACCAAGGACCCUGCAUUCUCGGUCCCGGCGAUUAUUGCUUCCCUUGGCGAGUCAGACCCCAUGGUCAUGCAUAUGGUUUGUGCGUUGGGCUUCCAGGAACGGUGCUAUCAGCGAGCGGUGGAUCCAUCCCCCGCCGUGAAACAUUACAGCGCGUCGAUGGUGCUGUUGGCUAAGGCGGUACAGAGUCCUUCCCGGACACGCGCAUCAGAUCUCGAUGGCAUCCUAGCUUCGCUGUGGCUGAUGAUUCUGUACGAGCAGCGGUAUGGAGACGGGAUCGGACAGGGGCUUGUCGCGCACUUGCGAGGCGCGGCGAUGGUGUUGAAGCACAGACUGGGGAAUCUCCGUCGGUUGCUGGAGCAAAACUUCUCCGAGCCGGAUGAACAGUGGCGUAUCUCUGCGCUUGCGGGUCGGCUGAUUGUCUGGAUCUCCUUCUUGGAUGCAAGUGCGGAGUCGCAUAAUCUAGGCGGGGACUUCAAUCAAGCUUUGGGGGCGGCGAUGAGCGGCCUGGCGGAGAAUGAGAUCCUUUCGCGGCUGCGAGGGUUGAACGCGAUUCAUCGGUAUUCUACGUCGCUGCAUACUACCUUCUGGGGACCACGAUACCCUCAGACCCAGCUGCUGGAUGAUCUGGAGAGUCGAGAGGUCUUAUAUCU